GGACAUCAGCUGAUAGGCAGAGAGCUCAAGGCUGUCCCUCAAGUUACAGAUAAUGGCAAAAAUAACAGGCACUUACUGUUACCAUACUAGGGGUGUGGCUGGCUCCUCUCUCUCUCUCUCUCUCUCUCUCUCCCGCCCCUCCCUCUCGAUAAGCUCAAUGGGGCUGUCUAUUUUUAACUUCCUGUUCUUUCCUUUUGGCUGGGCAAUCACUGUGAGCCGAGAGCAUUCCCCGAAUGAGUCCGGUAGCCCUGUGGAUGCCUUCUAACAUGACCCACAGACACGCAUCCCUAUCAACGCUGCCUCAGGUUUAAACCUUCCUUCUAAAGUGCCAUGUCCUGCAAAGAAAGUCCCCAUGCGGGUGUUUCCACCACCACCAUCAGCUCUGUAGCUGUGCAAGCUGGGAACUCCAAAAUCGUGAUAGCCCUUGUCAAGUGUGGUGAAUGGGUACAACUCCAGCUGACUGAGUCUCAGCCCAAUCUUCUAGAAAUAGGGAGCAGUCAAGAUGAAACCAAGAAACUGCUUCGUGACCAUGAGCUCCUCCUGGCCAAGCUUAAGGCCUUGGAAGAUCGUGUAUGGGAACUUUUACAAGAAGCAGACAGGACAGCGGAAGCUAACAAGGCUCAAAGUCAGGUGUAUGAUGCCAUGGCCCAGACUCUGGGUGAAGCGUGGGCAACCCUGGUCUCCAUGCUUGAGAAAAGAAGGGAGCUCCUUGGACUGACUUCGGAGUUUUUUGAAAGUGCUUUGGAGUUUGCUAUAAAAAUAGACCAAACUGAAGCUUUUCUGCAGAAUCCACAUGAGUUUGAGAGCACCGAGGCCUUACAGUCGCUUCUUCAGCUUCAUGACCGCCACGCCAAAGAACUCUUAGAAAAAUCGCUAGUCCUUUUAAACAAAAGUCAGCAACUGACUGACUUCAUAGAAAAAUUCAAGUGUGACGGAUCUGAUGUGAAUGCUGAGCUGGUUCAGGGAGCUCAGAGCAGCUGUUUGAAGAUAGACAGCCUCCUAGAACUUCUACAAGACAGGAGACGGCAGCUGGACAAGUACUUGCAGCAGCAGCGACAGGAACUGGCUCAGGUUCUACAGUUAUGCCUGUGGGACCAACAAGAAAACCAGGUCACUUGCUGGUUCCAGAAAACGAUAAGAGAUCUGCAGGAACAGAGUCUAGGCUCGUCACUUUCUGACAACAAGGAGCUAAUCCGUAAGCACGAAGACCUGGAAGUCAGAGCUAAGGAGUGGAAUUCGACCGUAGAGAAGCUGAAGAGCCAGGCCCUGGAGAUUCUUCUGUCGAAGGACUUCGCAGACAAAGAACACCUCCAGCUCUCUAACCAGAAACUGAAUCGGCUUCAAGAAGAGUUUGGUCGACUUAUGGUGGAUAGAAAGACCUGGUUAACUCUGGCAAAUGACUUUUUCACCAGUGCCAAUAAGGCAUUUGAUGUACUUGGAGAAGUCGAAGCUUACCUUAAGCUCCUUAAAUCAGAGGGUUUAAGCCUGCCUGUCUUGGCAGCGAGGCAUGAGGAAUUACACAGAGAAAUUAAAGACUCCACCGCCGCUGCUCUGCAGAAGGGACGGGCCUUAAUCAGCCAAGCCGACUCCUGCAGCUCUCGGGUGACAGGUAUCCAGGAGAUGAUGGGAUGCAUUCAGAAGCAUGUGGACCGUCUCGGCGAACAGUGUACCGCGCACAAGGAGUAUGCUCUUAAGAAGCAACAAUUAGCAGCGUCCGUGGAAGGCGCCCUAAGGAAGGUGGAGAUGUCAAUUCAGGAAAUCAGGCCAGUUCUUUCUAACGCACUGGUUGUCGGAUCCAGCCCUUCUGAGUCAGAGGAGAUUUUGAAUAAAUAUCUGGAAUUAGAUAUCCAAGCCAAGGAGACAGCACACACAUUAGAAGCAGCUGCGGAAAUCAUGGCAGGGAAAAAUGAACUUGAACUUGACGAAGGGGCACUGCUUUCUUUUAAAGCGAAAUGCCUAGAAGAAGAAUUAAGCACACUUGGUCGAAGCAUCAGCUACAGGUCACGAGUCCUACAAACUUAUGUGGCAUUUCGAAAGUCAUCAGAAGAGGUGGAGGAGCAGCUUCAGAGACUAAAGGCGUUUUAUCUGACCAAAGUCCCUCCGACCGAUGAAGAUGAUGCUGAAGUCAAGUACUGGUCCAGCUCUGCUGAGAGGAGAUGGCAGUUGUUUUUAAAGAAGAGUUUUGUGACCCAGGACUUGGGACUUGAAUUCCUUAACUUAGUAAAUAUGGCAAAAGAGAAUGAGAUAUUCAAUGCUAAAGAUGAAAUGCGUGUCAUGAAGAACACUGUGGAAAAGCAAACAGCCGGGAGGGAGGAGCUCAGCUGUCUUCGAAUGGCGUGGUACCUCAAAGCCAGCGGAGGCAAGCCUGUGGGGCAGCAGUGGGAGACGUUCAAAGAGAAACUGAAAAAGACUACUCACAACGUAAAACUUCUCCACGAAGUUCUUAUGCCCGUCUCUGCCCUUGACCUUGGAGGGAGCCUCCAGACGAUGUCCGAUCUGCGAAGAAGGUGGAACGCCAUGAAGCCCCAGCUUCAGCAACUGUAUGACGAGGUUCAGCAUAUCAUGAAAGAAUGGGAAGUGUUAAGUGGUCAGGGAGCCCCUCUGAAGGAGAAGUCUGACCAACUGAGGGACUUAAUCCACCUCCACGAGAGGCAGAGAGCGCGAAUCCGGGAUUACGAGGAAAUCCUAUACAAGACAAUCCAGUUCCACCAAGUCAAGGAGGAACUGAUGCAUUUCAUCAAAUCAAAGGAACUGGAGCUUCUUGCGCAGCCCACGGAACUGGAAAGUUCUAAGGAGGUCCAGAUGCAACUGGACCGUGCUCAGGAAAGGCAGGCCUAUGUAGAGCAUCUCGGUCGGCUGGCCCUUUCCCUCGGAGUGGACAUCAUUUCAUCCGUUCAACAGCCGAACUGCUCUAAUAUCUCUGCAAAGAACCUGCAGCAACAGCUGGAGGCCCUUGAAUUGGAUAGCAGGGAGUGGAGCGCCAGUGCCAGAGCGUACGAAAGGGUCCUGUCCUGCAGCUUGGAGUUCUGCACCACCCGAGAGGAGAUCAAUGAGCUCAAAGAGUCAUUCAAAGAUAUAAAAAAGAAAUUCAACAAUCUGAAGUUUAGCUACUCCAAAAAAAAUGAAAAAUCUCGAAACCUAAAGACUCUUCAGUAUCAAAUCCAACAAGUUGACAUGUAUGCUGAAAAAAUUCAGGCUUUAAGGAAGAAAAUGGAAAAAGUUAAUAAUAAAACUUCUGACUCAUUCUUAAGUUAUCCAAGUAAUAAAGUUAACAUCCUUUGGGAAGCCAUGGAGGAUUUGCAAAAGCAUGUGGAUGACUUUGAUAAAGUUGUGACCGAUUACAGGGUGAAUUUGGACCUGAAUGAACAUCUCCAGGAAAUACUAGAAGAGUGUAACUUUUGGUAUGAAGACGCAAGCGCCACAGUUGUAAGAGUUGGGAAGUAUUUCAUGGAGUGCCAAACAAAGGAAGCUGUGGAGAUCCUCCACAGGCAGUUCAACAAGUUCAUUGCUCCUUCAGUGCCUCAGCAAGAAGAAAGGAUUCAGGAGGUCAUCGACCUUGCUCAGCGCUUAUAUGGUUUGGAAGAAGGGCAGAAAUAUGCCGAGAAAACUGUCACAAGACAUAAGGAGAUUCUCGAAUCUAUCACUGAAUUAUGUGGGUCUCUCAUGGAGCUUAAAGAAAAACUGGAGCAGGGCGAUGUUCCAAAGCAGCGAGAUGUUCCAAAGAUGAACCCAAAUUUGGAAGUUUUCCACGACAAUGGCAUCGACCUACUAAAGGAGCCCCCGAGGAGUGAGCAGACACUGUUCGAUGAAGAAAGGAAUGAGGUAAGGUAACAGAAGCGUUUGGCUUCAGCCAUGUGUUACUUUUUCUUUGAGAUUUGCUGUUGUUCAUUUAAAAAUGACUCUGCUAUGUCUCACCCAUCAAAUCAAGUUGAAUGUGAGUUUUCUCAUCCCCACCAUGCUAGCUUGGU